AUGACGAUAAUGAUAGUUAUUAGACCAGAUAAGGGAGAUAUUCUCGUUCGAAAAAGUUACUUAGGUGAUCGUGAUGAUGAAAGUGCCGGCAUCGAAAAGCCAGAAUCAUUUGUGUUUAAGUAUUUAACGCUUGAGCAAACUCAAGCACUACUUGAACUAAAUAUUGAUGUGUUACAGGAAGCAAGGCUUUUCUCCACAGCAAGGAUCAGGGUUCUUUACCUUGCUGAAAGUAUUACUGGAAAAUAUUCAAGCCUUUAUCAGCACUAUAAGCUGUACAAGAAUUUCUUUACUACAGAUCAAGAGCAAGAGAACUUACAUUUAGCGUAUGAUAUUGAACAUCCGCCUAUUUUGAAUAUCGACUAUCCACUUCCAAUGGAUGAAGGUAUCUCAGAACAAGUGCUACAGCUUGAUGAGCAAGCAAAAGCUGAAGAAGCUGAAGCACAAAAGGCAAGGGAAGAGGCUGAAUUACUAGCCGCUCAAAUAGAAGAAGCCAAAGAUGAAGGGACUGUAGAAGAGAAUAAGCAAGACGAAGUUGAAUUAGUCCCAGAAGAAUCUACUUUGCCUCUAAAGGACGUGAAGGAUUUAAUUAAGACAGUAACCAAUGACGUUUUAGAUGGAUUACAAGUUGAUGUUAACCAGAAAUUACGAGACCGUGAAGCUGUUAUGCUUAAUAAAAUCAAUCGUAUCCAAAAUUAUUUAAGAAACUAA